AUGUGUGCACAGUUUUCAUCUUUCGCUCUCUCAGUCCUCAAUUUGGCUCCAGUCCAUUCUUGUGCGCGAACUUCUUAUCAGAGAACAGAUCACUUCAUGUCCGAGAAUCCGGACGCUCCACAGAUAAAUCUACCUAAUGGCUAUCUAAUAUCUCGUCUAAGCCCCGACUUGGAAUUGGACCCGCUGGAAUCUGUUUGUUGCGUCUCUGCUUUUGAGUCGAACUUAUAUGUGGGCACAUCACACGGAAACCUACUUCACUACUUUCUUUUUGAAGAUGCCGACCAGCAUAUGCUUCUUCUGAAGCUCCCGGUGAAUGCAGAGGAGCAGAAACCUGUGGAAAAACUAUUGCUCCUCCCAGAUAUUCAGCUCUGCUUGGCUUUGGCCAACAGAGUAAUCCAUGCUUUCAGUUUACCUGAGCUUUCACCAUGCCACAUUGGGAAGGUUAAAGAUGUCAACGAAAUGUCCCGAUUGACCCAAGUAGACAACCCAAAGGUGAAAAAUAAGUACGACAAGAUCAUAGCCUACACGCCGUCGAAAAUCAGAGUGGUGCAAUUUCUUCCAGACAAAGUCAAGCUUCUCAGAGAUAUCAACUACUCCGGAGCAGUGAUGGGAUUUUCUUCUGCUGCGGGGACUCUGGCAAACUACAGUAACAUCUGCUUGGCAGCGAACGAGAAAAAUUACGAUGUGGUGGAUCUCCAGCAAACACGUCGAAUAUCGCUUUUCGACUACAACCCCGAAAACAUACAAAACAUCAAGCCGCAUAUUGUGCCGUUUGAAGCCAAGGAUAAACCCAAAAUCGAAGAAGAGUAUCUCCUUGCAAUUGCCUCCGAUGCUUCCACAUCUAUGGCGAUGUUCAUCAAUGCUUUCGGAGAUGUCACAAGAGGCACUCUUACGUGGGUCGGCGAAGGAAACCCGACAAAUGGGUUAGCUAUUGAGUGGCCCUACGUCAUUGGUCUUUUCAGUGGUGCGGAUGGAGACAAGCUAAAAUUGAAUUUCAGCUCCUUAAAAACUUUGGAAGUAGUCUUCAGUGAGUUUCUAGAUUUGGAAUCCUUCUUUGGUUUGGCACACAAUGAGACUUUGCAUCUUGCAGAACUUGAAUACGUGCUAGAUGUUGUGAAUAGGGAAGUUCUGGGCCUCUUAAGUCUUAACCUGCCCUCAGAUAACCAUGUUAUCCAAGAUAAAAAAUACUACUCCAGCUCCAGAUCGAUUUUCUUCAGCGAAAAAUCAGUUUUCUACUUGCAUCAGCUCGACAGCUUCCUACCCUUGUAUGAAAAAGUCAUGAGAACCGUAGAAGAGGCCGAAUCAGCCGAAGAUAUGAAUGACUUGCUCAAUGAGGUGGAGUCUUUCUCCCAUUAUAAAGACGUAUCACAAAAAACGUAUACGCUUUUGCUUCUUACAACAGGAAAGAUAGAAGAGCUCAAAGAGUAUAUUCUGGGCAUGAAAAACAACGAAACCGAUUUUGAUAUCAGAAUAUUACUUUUGGUGUACCCCGAAUUUCCGGAUGAUGACGAGUCAUGGGAAAGCUUCAAGAUUGAAAAGGCAAUUUUGGAAAUAACUAACAAAUUAGGAAAAUUUUCCCUCGAGGAUGACUUCAAAACUUGGUUGAUCGACACAGCUUAUUCCAAUAAGGAAAUGAGUCAAAAUUGGCAGUACUUCAGAUUUCUCAAGUACAAAGGAUGCGCUAAAGAUUCUGAGGUUGCGUCGCUCAUUGACCUGGAAAAAAGCGAGUGGGCAGGAGAUAAUAACGAAAAUGAGAAGUUGAUCACAUAUUAUAAAAAGGAGAACAGGCUCUUGUCACUUUUGCAUCUCUACAGGGCAGAACAAGAAGCAGGUAUCAAAGCGAACGAAAGAGCGAGGGAAAUAAUAGACGUGAUUCUACACCUACUUGCGGAAGAAGACCUCGCCACUAAGCUUGAUGAAAAUAAUCAAUCUGAAAGUGAAUUGAUUCGGCUUGCCUUCUUCCAGCUUAGGAACAAUAUUACAGACAGCGACGAGUACACAAAGAAGCUAUUGGAACUUUUGAAGCUCCGCCCUGAUGAGGGACUUGAACUAUUGAAAGAAAACAAAGGAGGAUCGCAUGAAUCCACGCAUCAUUUUAUCUUAAAGGAACUCUCCAAAACUCAUACUUUAGACCAUAAGUUUUCAUACCUCAAGAUUGAGUAUAUUGAACAGAGCUUUUUGGAAUGCAUCACCGAAAAGCUGGAAAUUGACUAUGAAAUUUUGGAUGAGCUCCUACAUGAACUAUUAAAUUACAUUGCGACAAGAGUAGAUUCUUUUCAACAGGAGUUGGAGGAUCUCAAGAUGACUAUUAGUCAAUUCAAACGAGAUGUUAAUUUGAGUGAUAGUGAAUGGCCAAAGCUCUCAUUGAUGGAGUAUUUCCAUAUACACAGCGGGAAGGGCGACUCCAAUGAGUUAUCGAAGGUAUAUUUGAAAGUAUACGAGUUGUUGGUGGUGAAGAGAUUGCACAAAAGUCCUCUUCCAAGUUUGGACAUGUUGGAUGACGAAGUAUUCUCGUAUUUAAAGAGAAGCUUUGGAUCAGAAAGCAGUGAAGAUUUAAUUUCUUAUCUAUUAGAAGAGCACCAUGACUGCUCCACAGCAGAGUGGUUUUGCAUCUACAACAUUAUGCCGCUACCGAGAAAAUUAAUUUAUACUGAGCAGAUCAGGGAAGAUUUAAUAAGGCAAUAUCACAAGUUGGAUACGCAACAAGUACGGGAAAAUUUGAAUACCAUCUUUCAAUAUUAUUUGCAUGUCGAGGAUUUUGCAGCUCGGUCCUCAUUAUUAGCACAUAUGGUGAAUCGCUUCGGGUAUGAGUAUUUUACCAUGGAAGAAGUUUUGCAGAUUCUCCCAGAAGACCUUCCACUUUCGUAUGUGAGGCAGUAUUUGGCACGGCAUGUUGUGGCCACAGAAAAGCAGAAAAACCAUUUCUCAAUGGUAAAAAUAUUGACGAAGCUGGAAGCAAAGUUCACGCACGAAGUGUGUCAAGACUUUGAGAAAACAUACAAUGCGUUCGUUGACGGUAAUGGGCAUAGUAAUUAA